AUGGCGACCAUCGCACCUCCCCCCGCAGCCCCUACACUGGCAGACCUGCCCCUCGAACAACUCAGCCUCUAUCAUGUCGUCGACUCUUGUCUAUCAUCCAUCUUCGUCUUCUACGGCGCAGUCUCCACCGCCAAUGCAACUGUGAGCAGUUCUCGCAUUCAGGUCCAUAUAUUCACACCUGCCGGAUUCCAAAGUUAUCCUCGAAUUACAGUGUCCCCAGCUGCCCCCGUGUACGCUGCGGUCAACCACCUCCCCCGCGAAAAACAAGGCGAUGAGGUGUGUCGAGGACUUGCAGUCAGCAUGCUGAGGUAUUUUGCUGAGCUGUCUGAGCCGGUUAAACACCGUUUGACUGGGGUGGCGCGGGCUGGAAGACCGGGAGGAAAGGUGCCCAAGAUGUUCGAUGAGAUGCAUGCCGCGGAUCUUGCCAAUCGGAUGACAAAGGUGGAUGAUUCGUUGGAAAUUAUUCAGGAUAUUCGGAGCGCAUAUCAAGAGCGAAAGGUGCCAUGGAUUGACAUCGAUGUGGUGCUUCCUACGGGUACUAUAAAACCAUUCCACCGACGGGAGAGUGCAGGAUCAGACCUUGAGGGGAGUCAGAAUCCCCAGUACGGUCCAUACACACCCCUGAUAGAGGCAUUAGGAGACCCUAUGUUUUUGCCAACAUCUCGAUUGAAGCGUGCGCCAUCUCAGCCGACCAAUGUCAGCAAAUCGCGGCUGUUCGCAAGAAGUCAGAAAGAAGCCCUUCGUCUCACCAUGUGUGAGCUUGUGGACACCGAAGAGCGAUAUGUUGCCAAACUAUAUUCUCUUGUCCAUGAAGUGGCCGACGAAUUUCGACAAAAGGCUGUGAGCAGAGGGCCAUCAAGUAACAGCCCUGACGAGGCAGCUUUAGCGGCAUUGUUCCCACCAUGCUUGAAUGAAAUUCUGGAGGUCAACCUCGGCUUUCUCGAUGUCAUUCGACAAGUUCUGGACGAAACAGAGAAAGAUGCCAUUGCGGAUAUUGGUCAGGACACGGAGCUCCCUUCUAAUCAUCGGGGUUUGCCUAGAGAUAGAGCAGAUCCGCUUGGAGCUGCGGCAUUCGCAAAGGCCCUCUUUGAAUGGCUACCACAAUUCUCACAGCCAUACGGAGACUAUAUGCGAGCACACACAGGUUUUACCCAAACUCUGAAUCUGUUCAUGAGAGAUAAGAAUUCUAGCUUCUCGAAGAGAGUAUACGAGACGGGAGAGCAGAGGCUGCGCUCUUUGUUGAUGGAGCCCGUUCAGCGGCUCCCUAGAUACAGUCUCCUGAUUGACACCAUGACCAGCAAUCUCCCCUUGGUUCAUCCUGCCGUGCGAACCCUGCUGAAAGCACGAGACAUCGUGAAGGAUAUCUGUGCACUAGAUAAUAAUUCUCCAUCAAGCCAUGUCCAAAGCCUCCAACGUCUGAAAGAGCUGGUGAACGGAUGGCCAGCGAAGACAUUCCCUGAAGGUCGGCUGAUUACCGCUGUCGACUUCAACGAGAUCACCCCUCCCUACCAUCUAGACGCACAGUCAUCUGGUAGCAGCACAGGGAUCAUGCUUCUUUAUAAGAACUGCCUGGUCCUUCUAGCAAAGUCCGCCGAAAGCCGGGCCACAGCCCGUGGUGUGCUGGCUGAUAUUGACAAUGCAGCCGCUUCAACCAGUGAUAUUUCCACGUCUUUACCGCGAGCAGAACUCCAGGUUUUGCAGGUACUAGACUUCCAUAAUGUUCGUUGUAUGCAAUCCACAUGUGGUCGGAUUUUGUUUGUUGCGCCAAUUUCAGCCAAGUCCAUGGAAACAAGCGCCGGAGCGGAUCUACUUGCAUUGGAAUUGGCUGGAACCUAUGAAGGAAGAGCCAACCGACUGAUCGAAGAAAUAUCCAAAGCGAAGAUUGAGGGUCGCUUUCCCGAGAGCGAAAGAGAAGGAGGCAAAUGGACACUACGAAGCCCUCCCACCGGAGCUCCAAGUAACGUGGGAAUACUGGCCUGUGUGUGCGAGGAGGGCGAGAGCGCCGCGCUUGACCAGAUUCAGUCCUCCCCUAUACGAGUUGUGUUUGAUACAUCCAGGGCGGCCUGCGGUGAAAUGUUGAGAGAUUCCAAUCUGGAGGUAAUAAUAUCAAUAUCUCCUCCAAAUGGGGAUCAAUACAGACUAGAUAUCGAUUCUGUGGUUGGAUCGGCGUCUACGGAUUUGAUCACCGCGGAGACAUUCGUUCCCACUCUUUCACGACGUCUCCAAUAUUUGCUCUCGCCUCUGCAUAGCCCCCGAAACCCAGCAUUGACUGACCCGCUGGUUCAUUCCAAUUUUGAAAUCCUUCGUUAUAUUGCCAGCAGCUUAAUCACGCAAGUCAAGUCUUCACGAGGCUUCCGCCCACCUUCGCCAACAAAACUGAUCUCAAACCUGUUGGGAGGUAGCCGUGAUAACGUUCCCACCCUUAAAGGGCCAGGAUCGGCCACUCUUACUGGCGAAUUCCCCAAAAUGCCCCCGCCAAGAGGCAACCUGUCGAGAUCGAACACUUUACCUUCGACCUUCCCUGGGAAAGAAAAAGAGAAGGACAAGGACAAAGAAAAAGAGGAAAGCGGGAAUAAAAUCUCUGUUGUUGGGACAUCUGCCUCCAACGGAUUGGACACUCAGUUCGGGUUGCUAGAACAAACAUUUGCAGCCUAUGUACUUUCUCUACAGUCUCGGAGUGGAAAUAUCCUAGGUCGGAUGCUUAGGGUCAGAGAUCAUGUUGACCGGGCGCCUGUCAAUGAGCUUUACAAUAUUUUGCUGGAAGACCCAAGCAAAAUCCAGGCUGCUGCAGAAGUGCCAGUUGAUACACUUUUUGUCGCAUUUGAAACCUUCCUUGCCAACGCUUGGAGAAGAAGCAUGGGCCCUAUAUUGAGCUCCUCUUCUCUGAAAUGGGUCCAGAGCCAGUUCGACACCAUGACGCCCCGUGAUUUUGAUGAGCAAUUCCGGAAAUUUGUGACAGAUAUGAGCCCACAAAAUAGACGAGCUCUCGCCGCGAUUAUUCGACUACUUGCCGAGCUGCUCGACGCAUCUGGGAACGAUGGAGAUCGCGGUGCUUUGACGAUGGCAUUUGCAGAGGUACUCACCGAAGACGGAAAUCCCAGCCACCAUGUCUCCCUUUUGGACCGACUGGUUGAAGACUUCGACAACCUCUUUGAAGAAUUUCUUCCUGGGGGUACCUCCGUAGAAGGAACACUGACCUGCGAUCAAUCGAAAUCUCAUACCAAUGCCGGGUCAGUCGGUUCCAACUCUUCCUCUUUCCGGAAACGCUUUGGCUUUGGUAUACAUAGGGAUACCUCGAAGAAUGAAGGCGAAAGCAAAGUCGCAUCAAUUCUACGAACAUUGAGCAAAAAGCAAAGCCCAGCCGGUUCAGAGCCCAAUACACCUAAGGGCUCUCUCUUGCGUUCCAAGUCGACUGACGUAGAUGCUCGUCUUGGGUUCCUACGCCCUACCUCUCGGGAUCGUCCUUCAUCCCGCGAUCGCCCUACAUCUCGUGAUCGCCCUGCAACUCGCGAUCGCCCUAUAUCCCGCGAUCGUCCGUAUGGGUUCGCAUCUGAGGAACAACUCUCGAGGCCGGGGACCGGCUACGAACAGCCGCCUUCUCUAUCUUCCUUCCGAGGAUUCUCUGAAGAUGUCCUGCCAAGGACUCGCAGAAAGCGAAGGAGCUCUCUUUCGGAUUUACGACCACCCACAGCAUCCUCGGAUGCAUCUAGUAUCUCCCCCACUCAACAGCUCCGCCCGACAACCCCCUCCAGCCGCCCGCGAGGAGAAGUCGUAACGCCCACUAAACAGUCCAGACCUCAGAGUAGUUACAUACCAACAUCUCAAUCACCCAUUCGCAGCCAAUCGCCAUUGCGCGGUCAAUCGCCAAUGCGUUCUAAGCCGCCAGCAAAAUCCAGUUCACCUACACGAUUAGGAUCACCCAUUCGCCGUCUGUCUCCACCCCGUCCUUCUACGCCGAGCAGGAAGGAAAACAUUGAUCCCCGGACUCCAUACACGGAGCGUGCGACCAAGUCGAGGGGUAGUAUGUCAGAGUCGCCAGCAGACGAGUCAAGGAGGCGAUCCCACGUGUCAAGCAUCCCUCAGCGGACUCCGGGCCUUCGAGAGCGGCCAACCACCAACGUUGCCGACUCCAAGCGACCACAAUCUUCAUCCUCUGCGCAGAAACCGCAAAAACCACGCAUGCAAAGCCCACAAAAGUUACGUGAUCGUGUUCAACUAGAAAAGAAGACCCAGAACACUACUCAAUUGGGCCUGAAAGACGAGCUCUCAGAGCUUGGCACUGAAUUACGUUCUCUGAAGCUCACGCCGCCAAGGCAAUCCAACCCAAUGAACCUCGAGUUUGAUUUUGACCGUACAGACACUAUUCCGUCGUCUACUACCGCCGCAUCUCUUGAAGCUCGCAUGCGAAAGCUUGAAGCCCGAGUUGAGGCGCUUGCUAAGGAAUACAAUGGUCGCACAACCGUUCUCGAGCGAGACCUGGAGUCGUCCUUAGUUCUCAGCGAGAAGCGCGUAAAGAAACUGGACGAGCUUUAUCGCGAGGCAAGCGCCGAGAACGAGGCUCUCUAUGAUCGGUUUAAUACUGAGCUCAGCAAGAUUGCAAAGGAUGUGCGAUCGGGCCACGCAGAAGACGCCUUGAAGUCCCAACUGGCCAGCGCUCUAGACGAGAUCGGUCGAGUGAAGAAAGAAAAUUUCCGCUUGAAACGAGAAGUCGGAGGUCUUCGGGCCCAGUCAGCUGCCGUUGCAUUGCUCAAAGCGAGCGAGCAAUGA